AUGUCCAUCAAGCAUUCUCCGGUGAAAAAGGUCAACCGAUCAUCACUCGAAACAUCACUCCAAGAUGAAGACUCGUUCGCAGGAUUUUCUACCCAGGAAAUCGGAUCUAACACCAAGGCAAAGAAAGGUUAUCUGUCGCUUCUUCGUCAGCGUGAGCAGGGCCAAGUUAGUUUAGCCCAGUUAAAGACAUACAUGAAGAACAUCGACGCAGCCUACUCCGAAUUCAGCGGCUUCCAUAGCAGAGUAAUGGCGUCGAUUGACGAGGAAUGUGUUCCAGCUCAGGAAGAAAUCUAUACCAACUUCGAAGAACGUUUCAACGAGGUUUCGACGACCAUCGAAGAAAUGAUGAUGGCCUACUCUACUGAUCGUACCACUCAGGGUGUUGUACAACAAGGAGUCUCACUCCCACCACAAAUAAUCGUCCAGCAACAAGCGCUGCGAGCCCCCUUGCCAACGUUCGACGGCCAGUAUCGAAAUUGGCCCAAGUUUAAGGCGAUGUUUCUGGACCUGAUGGACGCUUCUCGUGACUCCGACGCAGUGAAGCUGUACCAUCUGGAGAAGUGCUUGAUCGGUGAUGCGAAGAAUGUAAUAGACGCUGCUACCAUCCGAGACGGCAACUACGAACAUGCGUGGCGUCUUCCCAAAGAGAGAUACGACAACAAGCGGCUGAUCGUUGACACCCAUAUCCAAGGCAUCAAGAAUCUUCCGAAAAUGAAGAAGAAAUCAUCAAGGGAACUGCGAACUCUGCUCGACGAAUGUACGCGCCAUGUCGAGGGUUUGCGGUUCAUGGAGCAGGAGCUAACCGGAGUAUCAGAACUAUUCGUGGUCAACAUCCUGACUGCAGCCUUGGAUCGUGAAAGUCGUGAAAUCUGGGAGAAGAGUUUAAACAAACGAGAACUCCCGAAAUAUCAAGACACCAUCGAUUUCCUUCAAGACUGGUACCUGGUAUUGGAGAGGUGCGAGGAAGCCUCAUCAAUUUCAACUUCGAAUACGGUGAAACAGAAAGAUUUUGCAUUGUCGGAAGGUGCGUCACGAGCGUAUCAUGCUAGUACAUCGCCAGCCAGCGUUACAUGUGAGUUGUGCCCCGGACAGCAUCUCAACUUCAAGUGCCCCGUGUUUCGCAACAUGUCCGUUGCUCAGCGGCACGCCAAAAUCAAAGAGGAGAAAGCGUGCAUCAAUUGUCUUCGUAAGGGCCACCAAGUCAGUGCCUGUCCGGUCGAAAGAACCUGUGCUAAGUGCGCAGCCAAGCAUCACACGUUGCUCCAUCUCGAAAGGAAUCAGCAGUUAACGACAGACACGAUCAAUCAACCCCGUCAACCAACGGAGAUACAGGCUCCAAUUCCGUGGCAAUCUGUUCCGCCGGUUGGAGAAUCUGUUAAUGCUUCAUGCUCCAGCGUCGUAAGACCAACAAAGCAUGUUCUGUUGCUGACAGCCGUGGUCAACGUGUAUGAUAAGGACGGUCAUCCGCAUGCCUGUCGGGCACUUCUGGAUUCCGGAUCCCAGAUGAAUUUCUUGUCAGAAUUUAUGGCGAGAACUCUCGCCGUUACGAAACUUCCUGCUAACAUACCAGUAAUUGGAAUCGGUGGUAUCAAAUCCCACAUUCGACAGAAGGUCAUCGUGCAAGUUACCUCUAACUACAGCCUUUUUAACAAGAAGAUGAAAUUCUUGGUUACGCCCAGAGUUACUGGGUCCGUUCCGUCUACAAAUAUUGACAUCUCCAACUGGCGUAUUCCAGCCGGAAUGCAGUUAGCGGAUCCACUCUUCCAAACCCCGGGAAAGGUGGAUAUGUUAAUCGGAGCGGAGUUUUUCUUCGAACUCAUGAUGCAAGGGCAGCUGCAUCUCAGCCACAACCUACCAUUGCUACAAGAGACCAAAUUUGGGUGGAUCGUUACCGGAGUCUACGAAGAACAGCCAACAGAAGUCUAUUCCAAUGUGGCUUCUAUGGACGAUCUCCAUCAUACCAUCCAACGGUUCUGGGAGAUUGAGGAUCUCGGCAGCACCCCGCUGCAAUCAAACGAACUACAAGAAGUUGAAGAUCACUUCCAUGAUACGUACCGUCGUGACGAGAACGGCAGAUUCGUCGUACAGCUUCCUUUCCGUAAUUCGGUUGUCAACCUACCUAGCAAUCGAUCACUCGCCUUGAAACGUUUCUUCCUGCUCGAACGACGCCUGGCACGCCAGCCAGAACUGAAACAGCAAUAUACUACCUUCAUCAAGGAGUACCAGGAUCUCGGACACUGCAAGGAAGUCCGAGAAUCAGAUGAUCCACCAGCCAAACAAGUUUACUAUCUACCUCAUCAUGCGGUGCUGAAACCUUCGAGCACCACAACGAAAGUCAGAGUCGUGUUCGAUGGCACAGCUAAAUCAUCGACAAACUCGCUCAACGACGUGUUGAAAGUAGGACCAACGGUACAAAGUGACCUGUUUUCAAUCGUCCUACGUUUCCGGAAGUAUCGGUACGCUUUCACCGCCGACGUCUGCAAAAUGUACCGACAAAUCCGGGUUGACGAGAGGCAAACCUGUUUCCAGCGAAUAUUCUGGCGCGACAAACCUACUGAAUCCCUGAGGGUGUUAGAAUUGACCACCGUCACAUACGGGACGGCCUCAGCUGCUUACCUUGCAACCAGAUCCCUGAGGCAACUCGCAGAAGACGAAGGGGAUAAUUAUCCAACCGCCAGCAAGGUGGUACAGGAUGACUUCUACAUCGACGACGUGUUAUCUGGUGCGGACACAAUCCAUGCAGCAAUCCAGCUGCAAUUUGAUUUGCAAGAACUUCUCGCCAGGGGUGCCUUUCCACUGAGGAAAUGGUGCUCAAACUCACCGGAAGUACUGCGGAACGUUCCAGAAGAUGAUCGUGAGCUGAUAUUCGACGUAGAUGAUUCAUCCACUAACGCAUCGAUCAAGACACUUGGUCUCCUGUGGGACCCAACACAAGAUGAUUUCCGGAUCGCCGUUUCCAAAUUAAUUGGUGAUAAGCCCAUCACCAAGAGGUAUGUCUUCAGUGAGAUCGCAAAGAUGUUUGACCCCCUCGGAUUCGUGUCAUCUGUGUUAGUGUUAGCUAAGGCGCUGAUGCAGCGCAUUUGGUCGGCCAAUUUGGAGUGGGAUGAUAUUUUGGACCCCAUCCUCUUCCAAGAGUGGGUUAAAAUUCGUGACUCAUUGACCGAGCUAAGCACGCUGCGCAUUCCCAGGUGCGUAAUAUCACCCGAUACCGUUCGCUGCGACAUUCAUGGCUUCGCAGAUGCAUCUGGCAAGGCCUAUGGAGCUUGCCUCUAUCUUGCUUGUACAACAGCUGAUGGAAAAAAAUCUGCUCGUUUGCUGUGUAGCAAGUCUAAAAUUGCACCGCUCACCGAGAUGUCCAUCCCAAGGAAGGAGUUGUGCGCUGCUCUCCUGUUAGCUCGACUGUUAUCCAAGGUGCUCGCAGCUAUAAAAUCAACUGUCGACAGUGUGAAGCUCUAUUCAGACAGUCAAAUCGUGCUAGCCUGGUUGAAGAAGCACCAACAACAAUUGGAGGUGUUCCAAAGAAACCGUGUGGUGGAAAUCAACCGUCUAACGAAGAGUGAGCAGUGGAGAUACGUCCACACCAGUGAAAAUCCAGCCGACAUCAUUUCGAGGGGUCUUUUUCCUGCGGCCCUCAACAGAAAUCGGUUAUGGUGGGAGGGUCCCUCCUUCCUGACAAGUGAAGAUCCCAAAAUCGACGAUUCUCCGCUCAUUUUAAUUCCGGAUGAAGAGCUUCCGGAAGUCAUGGGCGAUAUCAUCGCCGUACCAUCAGUCGCUGCAAGUUUUCUACCGAUUUUCGAAAGGUCAAGUGACUUUCGGAGGCUACAAAGGGUAAUUGCAUUCGUAUUAAGAUACGUCAGCAACUUACGUCAUCCAAAACCAGAACGAAAUCUGAAGCCACACUUAUCCGUCCCUGAAAUAAGAAGGUCGUUAGAAUGCAUCAUCAGGUUAGUUCAAUCACUGGAAUAUCCUGAAGAAAUUAGCUGUAUUUCCAGGGGAGAAGUCCCAAAAAAUCUGGCCAACCUUAGUCCGUUUAUGGAUGACGAAGGCCUACUCGGAGGUCGCCUCCAAAAUUCAAACCUGCGAUAUAACUCUAAGCACCAACUGCUUCUACCUCAUGGACAUCCUGUCGUCGAAGCGCUGGUACGUGCAAUACACGUUGAACAUCUUCACGUAGGGCCAUCUGCACUUCUAGCCAUCCUACGGGAGAUGUUCUGGAUAACGAGGGCGAAAUCAACAGUUAGGAAGGUUUGCCGAAGAUGCAUAAGCUGCUUCAAGGUCAACCCGAAGGAAUCCCAUCAGCUAAUGGGAAAUUUACCACAGAACCGUGUGGUGCCAGCGUUUCCCUUCGAGAACACCGGUGUAGAUUACGCUGGUCCUAUCACCAUCAAGGAAGGGCGAUACAAGCCGAAGCAUGUAAAGGGGUACAUCGCCGUCUUCCUGUGCUUAGCAACGAAGGGAAUCCAUAUCGAGUUGGUGUCGGACCUGAGCACCGAAGCGUUUUUGGCUGCCUUGGAUCGAUUCGUCAACCGUAGAGGUCUGGUGAAACGGAUGCUCUCAGACCAUGCAACUAAUUUCACUGAAGCCUCUAAGGAGUUGCAUCACCUUUAUCAGCUUCUGAAGGACGAAACUACACAAGCCAAGAUUGUGGAGUUCCUAUUAUCCAAGGAGAUCGAAUGGCUUUUCAUUCCGCCUAGAGCCCCCAAUUUUGGUGGCUUGUGGGAGGCCGGGGUGAAGAGCGUGAAAACACACCUCAAGAGGGUCCUCCAGUCAGCCAUCCUCACCUUUGAAGAGUUAUACACCGUCUUAACACACAUCGAGGCAGUUCUUAAUUCGCGCCCGUUGUAUGCUCUGUCGGAGGAUCCUAACGAUCCUUUGCCCAUCACCCCAGCGCAUCUCAUGUUACUAAGACUGCUGGAACCAGUGCCGAAGCCGACACAUUUGGAUGUGCCAGUACACCGUCUGUCACGGUGGCAAUACCUCAAUUUUUUGCGCGACCAUUUCUGGAAGAGAUGGUCUAAGGAGUAUUUGUCUACGCUCCAAGCUAGAAGCAAGUGGACAAGAACGCAACCAAACCUACAACCAGAUAUGAUCGUCGUAAUCGUCGAAGACAAUUCUCCAGCUCAAUCGUGGAACCUAGGAAGGAUUAUCAAGACGUAUCCGGGAAGGGAUAUGAUCGUUAGAGUGGCUGACGUCAAAACGGCCACCGGAGUAUACCGGCGAGCUGCAAGUCCUUUCGAAUCCACUGGCGGAACUGACCCACAGUAUUCCCCUUUGGACACCGAUUGGAUCUCAGCAGAAGCCAGAUCGGCUUCAAGGGAAUCCACAUACUGUCCACUCAACACCAGCUGCAGCAGUCACUCGACAAAGGGAGUCAAGCCGUCGACCUUCAGUGGUGACUGUACAAUUGUCUAG